AUGGAAUCAAAUUUAGAUUUAAUUAAAAAUUUUGUUGAAUGGUGGAAAGAACGUAUAUAUACAUCAACAUUAAUUAUAUAUAAAUUAAUAUCUGACCAAGAUAUUAAAUCAAAACAAAAAUACUAUAGGUCUUUUAUUAAUUGUAUGAAAAAUUCUUAUAAAAAUAUUUAUACAACAGCUACAGAAGAUGUUAGAAUGUUAUUAAAUAUUAAAAAAUUAAAAAAUGAAUCAAAUUAA